CAGAGAACGAGAGAUCUCGGCGACAGUAUGACGAGUCCCUCUGGUAGAAAUCAUCGAUAAAUUCUAGAUCGACGAAUACGAAGUAACAGACGACACAACACGAACACAAUGCGAUCCGGUAUCUCCUCUCUCUUCUUCAUCUUGCCUCUGCUAGCUGGCCUAUCAGAGCACAUCACGGUCCACGCCGCCCCUCAAUCUCCAAGCGCGGAUCGGGCCGCCCUCGAAGCCCAACUCAAAGGCCUGCUCUCUCCCUUCAGGUUCGACCCCGAUACUCCCGACUGCUCAGCCGACGGGUCCGACGGCUAUCAAGUUCAAACGUCGCAGGACGCAUCGCCCGUGCCCUUGGUGUUUGCCGGUUGGGAAGGGGUCUUGGGAGACUUUGGGGACGUCAAGCCGUUCAAGGAGAUGAGCGCUUUCAACUGGCGGACUGCGCUAGAUACUGCUGGACCCAACGAAAAACCUUUGGUGAACGGGAAAGAUCAAGAGUGCAAGGCCAUCGCCUUCGACGUCAAGAACACCAAGUGCAAUUUUUACCCUGUGGAGCCCAAGAAGAUCGUCAUCGAUAAGAAGUACAACAAUGCCAGCUCGAUUGCUGUCUUCGACCAGAUCUGCCCGGACAACAAGAUCAAGCUGGAGGGAACGGACAACGGAAAACCUUGUUGCAAGCUCGAGUACGGUAUCCGCGACAUCAAGCUAGGCUUGUGA